AUGACGGGCCCGACGCUCAUCGUCUCCCCGCUCUCCGUCCUCCAGACCUGGUGCGAGCAGAUCCAGGAGCACACCGACGGGUCACUUCGUGUCUACGUGUACCAUGGAGGAGGAAGGACCAAGAAUCCUGCCGUCCUCAUGCUCUAUGACAUUGUGCUCACCACCUACAGCGUCCUCUCCUCAGAAUUCAUCCCUGAGGUCUCGUCUCUUCUCCACUGCGUCAAGUGGUCGCGCAUCGUCCUGGACGAGGCACACCUAAUCUCCAACCGGAAGACGUUGCAGAGCAUGGCGGUGGUGGAGUUGGAUGGAACACACAGGUGGGCGAUCACUGGUACUCCGAUCCAGAACAAGCUUGAAGAUAUCUUCCCGCUGUUUUCCUUCCUCCGCCUCCAUCCUCUCGAUACCUACGACUACUUCCAGCGCCUCAUUCUCCUCCCUCUCCGACAGAGGAACCCCACGAGCCUGGUGAGUGGGGGAAUGGAAAGAGGACGAGGGUUGAGGAAAAGUGGAGUGAGAGGAAUGGAAAGGGAUUAG